AUGCACCGCCAAUUAGCCAAGCACCGCGCCACCACGGCAAAUUGCCAAAAGGUGACCGCCUGCCUGUCUCCCUUCCGGAAGCCAUCGUGCUCCCGGCUAACCGCCCGGUGCCCAGAUUGCCCAACCCGAGCUUCUAAACGCCACCGACUGCGCCUUUCCAGACGCCAAAUUCGCAUCCCUCAUAGUGCCCUAUGUCAAGCAACGUCUCGCCGUCUCGCCGUCGUCUUCAACCAGCUCGUCGCCAGCGGCGUCAUCACCUCCUUCCACGACCCCGACCACGUAUGGCGCACCACCUGGGCCCCCUUCACAGCCCGCUGGCUGCUCGAUACCUGGCCCCCUCUUCUCGCUACCCUCCGCCCGAACCCGAACCCGGUCCUGGGCCUGGCCCUGGACCUGCUUCCCUUUACAAACCGCCCGUCCUUGACAGAACCGCGACCUACAUUCCCUCCAUCAAUGUCUCCGUCAUCAGCAACGCACCUACCGAGCCCUGCGUCGACCGCCGCCGCCCGGCACCCCGCCUCCGCGUAA